AAUUAAAUAUACACCAAAUGCGCUGGAACAUUCAGUUUGCUUUAUUCGCUAUUAUUCAAAUAGUGAGGUCUCAAGAUGAAGAAGACGCGGGUUCAGUUACGGAAGUGGAAACGGAAGUGGAUUCAGAGGUAGAAUCGGGCCAGUUUUUUAGCCAUUUGUACAAAAGCAACUUGGAACAGUUGGUAAAAAUUAAGAAUGACUCAAUGGAUCCGUGUGAUGACUUCUAUGCACAUGCUUGUGGAAACUUCGAUCAAACGAAGGAGGAAAAUCCAGAAGAUUUCCUUCCACCUUAUCUGUAUAACAAACAGGACAGAAUGAACUUCUUUACGGCUGAGGUUGGAAAUUUCGAAACUAUUCCAGGACGGUUGAUUUCUCAACUUUAUGCGGAAUGCCGAAAGAGGGGAGAACGGAAUUUUCUUACCCCUACUCGUGCGACUUCCCAUUGGGAACGCAUGCUGGAGGAGAUUCCAUUCCUGGCCAGACACAAAGAGGUGCUCUCUUCUUGGCCUUUCCUCAAACACCAAUGGGAGCGAAGGAGCCUCAAUGGACAGCUGAAUUGGAUAGUUCUGUCAGCUCAACUGUUGGCCCAUGGCUUGCCCACCCUACUUCAUAUCUUUUUCGCCAUGGAUACGAUCUAUGUAAGUCCAAUGGGGGAGCUGCCCUGUCCUAGUGUCGCGGAUUUCCAGUCAAGCCUAUCUGAUGUCUUGGAAGGUCGACAUCAUCGAGUGGCCCGCAUAAUAUCACAUGAGAUGAGGGUCCUGUGUCGCGGAAUGAGAGGAGAACUCCCACGCGUAAGAAGUUCGAGCGGGAAUGCCAAAACUACCACCUCCAGACCAAGUCAAGAGCAGGUCCUUCAGGAUGAAAACACCAUGGACUAUUUUCAGCAAUAUUUUGCCGCACUCAACUUCUCCGUGGAGCGGCUAGAAGGAGCGCGCAAGUUUCUUCUAGAUGUCGAGAAGAUCACUCAAGGUUGGGAAGUACUCAAACAAACGGAACCUCGCAUAGUGUACAACUAUGUGGUGUGGCAGGCUAGGGAGCAGCUUCGAUACCCGGAUUGCUAUAGGGUAUCUGAGGAGUUCGAGAGAUUACUGCACGCUGAAUAUUGGCAAUGGCAUGUUUUGAGACCCCAUCUGAGCAGGGAAGUCGCUCUGGCAUCCUAUCAACUUCAUACCACUCUCUUCCAGAAACUUAGGAGAUCCAAGUUGUCCAGAAGAGAUUGGGUUGGAAACCUGUGGCCAGCUUCUGUCGAAAAAAAGGAGCUUCAGGUGGCACGCAUUCUCCACAACCACGCAGAAAACUAUCUAAAUAUAACUGAACUAAACGAAAACUACGGAGAAUUGGGAUUCGUGGAGAACUCCUUUUAUGGAAAUCUCCUAAUCCUCAGACGGGCUCAGCUGCGUCACAGUUUUGUAUCGCCGUAUGUAGACGAGGAAGAUGUAAACCAGCCAGCCUAUUUCUUGAGACAUUUUCUCCAUUUCGCGCUGCUUUCCUUGCACCGCCCCACCUAUCACUAUUAUGCCACACAAGGCUUGGAACUUUGGAGGGAAUCCCGACUCCUCAUGGAUACCGAUGGCCACUAUACCGCCAUGGAUUGCUUAGAAAGACAAUCACUCCAACACUACGAUGCAAAAUUGGCUCCUAUUUACAGGCCACUGGGUUCACACGAGAUCGGAGAGAUCUUCCAGUUUUAUCGCUCUUUUCAGUAUUCCCUCAGGGACUAUACCUUUUGGCUUCAGGGUGAGAGGUUCGCCUUUGCGGAGAACUUUGUGCUGGAUUACUUCGGAUUGAAUCCACAAAGGGUUCUCUUCUAUGCAGUGGCCCAGCAAUUAUGCAACCGCCAAACGGAGAUAUUUGCUGCCCAGUUGAAUAGGGGGUACAUGAAUCUUCCCGAGUUCCAGGAGGCCUUCAAGUGUAGUGCCGAAAAGGCCAUGAAUCCCCCAUCCAGAUGCAUGAUCAACAUGUGUGAAAAGCCACUUACUUGAUGUGUUCAAUUUUAAAAU